CUGAUAUUGGGCUGGUUUUAUUGGCCAUUGGGCUGGUUUUGGGCUAGUUUUGAUUGGCCAUUGGGCUGGUUUUGUCACACAGACCUGGCAACCCUGGAAGCGGCCCUCGAGCUCCCCGCGAGGCCGCCAGGCGAAACAACAACGUUGUCGGGUGGCAGGCGUGUCGCCAACGGUCCGACCACUGCAACUGGGAUGGCUCGGCUGCUUUAAUGAGCAUCAAUUGUCCCGGGAUGUAUUUUCCACACUGUUUUAUUUUUUUUUGUUGCCGCAAAAAAGAUUUCGCCAUUAGCCCACGACUUUUUAUUAUUUUUAAUCCAGCCGUUGCGUUCACUGCAGCAACACACGGGGCUCGGUGAUCCACCUCAGGGAGGACACCGUCACCUCGGCUUCGACUGGAGCCGCAUCACCGCAUCACCGCCCCGCACGGUCGAACACGGCCCUCACAGCCAGAGAGAAGCAGACCCGAGCGAACGGCGGACCGACGGACCGCAGCGAGCUAGUUAGCCGAGUUGGCGACGCCAAGAACUUUGUUGGCUCCCGCUAUGAACUCUGGGUAUUAGCCGCGCCGAGUCUUUUCGUUUAGUUGGCGCGGUUCUGGUCAAAGCCCAUCGGUGACUCGGUGAGGCUCGCGCCAUGGGGUCCCUGAAGGCGCUGCAGGAGUGGUGCCGGGCGCAGUGCGAGCACCACGGCGAGGUGGACGUGAAGGACAUGUCGGCGUCCUUUAGGGACGGGCUGGCGUUUUGUGCCAUAAUUCACCGUUACAGACCAGAACUGAUUGACUUUGGCUCGCUGUCUAAAGAGAACGUCUACGAGAACAACCGACUGGCCUUUGACGUGGCAGAGACGCAGCUGGGGAUCCCGGCCCUGUUGGACCCAGAAGACAUGGUGUCCAUGAAAGUGCCGGACCGGCUCAGCAUCAUCACGUACGUCUCCCAGUACUACAACUUCUUCAACAAGUCUCAAGCAAACCCCCCUUGCAUGAAAAGGCUGAGUUCUGUUGAUCGUAUCGAGCCGGCUCCGAAGAGGCCGUCGACACCUUUGGAGGACAAAGCGUCUGAGUCCGAGCCGAGCCAGACGUCUGCGCAGACGGACGGAGAAGCGGAUGCGGCGGCGGUCAAGCGCAGCAAACUCAGCAGCACCUGCGCCGCCUGCCAGAAACACGUCCACCUGGUGCAGAGGUUUCUGGUGGACGGCAAACUCUAUCAUCGCAGCUGCUUCAGGUGCACAGAGUGUCACAGCACUCUGCUUCCCGGAUCCUACAAAUUGGGAACCAGCUCCGGGGCCUUGGUCUGUACGCAUCACCUCGCAAGGCACGCGUUAGCCAAUCAGAACGGCCGGCCGGAUAUUAGUAAGAAACCAGUGGUGGGUCAGUCUGCCAGGAUUGGUCGCAGCACAAUUCCUCACACCUCGCCCUCCGAGAGGGACCGAGCGAAGACUCCUCCUCCUCCUCCGGCGAGCCAAACACAUGAAACUGACACGCCCACUAAUGACUCCGCCCCCAUCACUGCUGUAACGACACACGCAGCGGACUCUUUGGAAAAGGCAAAAGUGAUGGAUGGCGGUGGAGAGGAAGAGGCGACGCCUCGUUCUUCUUCUCCUCCCAACCCUUUUGAUGAGAGCGAUGACGAAGAGGUGGAGCGAGAGGAAGAUGCUAAAACACCAGCCAAAUUAACGAUCAAUGGGGACCUCCCUUCCACGCCGCUCCGUCAUAACGACGUGGCCGGUCGGCCGGUGCCGGCGCCUCGCCGCGUCGCUGAGCCCACCCCUCCUCCUCGCCCUGCCCCUCGGGUCCGGUUGCCCCGCGCGGCAGACGGCCUCCCAGUGGGUGAACACCAGAAGCCUCCGAUUCCUCCCAAACCUCGAGAAAGAUCACGGUCUCCUGGAAGCCUGUCAAGUGGUGCCCAUAAACCCAAAGACCCCCCUUGGCUUGCCCUGGUCCAAUCGGACCCCAAGAAGAAGAAAGCCCCUCCCCGUCCUCCGGCAGGACUGGCAACCCGUCCCAAUACCGGCUCUCUGUCCUCUCUCAAAGCGGGCGGCUCCAAACCCAGCACGCCUCCCGCGCCCGCCAACCCAUUCGACGACGACGACGAAGACGAUAAUGGCGAGGUGGCGGAAGAAGAGGGCGGCGGAGAAAGUGCAAUUCCGCCCACGGUCGUGGCCAGUCACCCGUGGUACAGCAUCACUCAGGCGGCCGAUGCAACGGGUGCGGACGCGCCCCCUAGUGGCGGGAGCUCGUCCCGCUCCGAGAGCCCCGGGAGCGCGAGCAAGAAGCGGCCGGCACCUCGCGCCCCGCAGCCGCCGCCGGGUCGCCACGUUCUCUCUCACUCUCAGCCCUCCUCUUGCUCUCCCUCUCCAGCUCUCAGCACAGAGAGUCUGUCCCCCGGCUCCUCCCAUCCCCAUUUGGCCGGCGGCGACAAGGAACAACACGCCUUCACCAAAAGCGUCUCGGAGCCUUCCAUCUGUUCCCCGUGCGACUCCGCGCCGUCUCCUUCCUCCUCCUCGGCCGAGCGCCUGCCUCAUCCUUCUCUAAGCCCCGCCCCUUCUCCCAUGCCAUCGAGUGCCAGCUCGGCUCCGGCUACCCCACAGCCCAGCCGCAGCUUUGGGACCAAAGGGACCCUCGACCCUCCACCACGACCCUCAACGACCCCCAGUCCAUUGGCCUCGCAAACACACAAUAAGCGGACCUGUAAAGAGAACCCGUUCAACAGGAAAGCGUCUCCCUCCCCGGCUAAAUCCAAAACCAAACCACCAACAGGCCCCCGUCCGGCCAGGCCCCCGGCCCCCGGCCACGGCUUCCCUCUCAUCAAACGCAAGGUGCAAUCGGACCAGUACAUCCCAGUGGAGGACAUCCAUGUGGAGAUGGGCCAGCUGCAGAAGCAGCUGGAUGAGCUGGAGCAGAAGGGAGUGCAGCUGGAGAAGAAGCUCCGAGACAACCCCAACGAUGAGGAUGAGGAGCACCUGCUGGUGGACUGGUUCACUCUCAUCCAUGAGAAACAUCUGUUGGUACGACGGGAGGCCGAGCUGGUCUACACGGCGAAGCAGCAGAACCUGGAAGAGAGGCAAACCGACGUGGAGUACGAGCUGAGGUGUCUCCUCAACAAGCCAGAGAAAGACUGGACGGCGGAGGACAAGAGUCGGGACCAGCAGCUGAUGGCGGAGCUGGUUACCAUCAUUGAGCAGCGCAACCAAAUCGUGAACAACAUGGACCAGGACCGGCAGAGGGAAGAAGAGGAGGAUAAACUCAUGGAGGCCAUGCUGAAGAAGAAAGACUUCCAUAAGGAUCCGGAGGUUGACCAGCAGCGGAAGAAGAAGAAGAAAGGGGCAAAGUUCAAACCCAUCAAGGUGCUGAAGCGCCUGAGCCACAGAGGGGAACCGGGCAAGAGCCACAGCCCCCGCAAGGAGAAAUCACCGUAGCAACAAGCGCAUUCUCCUCCGAGAGGAGAUGAGGCGCUUUGAAGGAGACCGGCGGCCACGCGGCGCCCUUUCUCUACUUCCUUUUCUUUCUUCGAUUGUUCUCGAUGGGGAGGGAGCGUAGGCGGCAUCUUUCUUUCCGAGCGCUCCGAAAGCUUCGACUCUGAACGUUUCAGGAAAGCGAGUCGGGGAGGGGACGCUCGUUUCGGCCGUGUCUGUCCAUCCUGAGCUCUCAUAUUUCAGACACUCUAUCGUAAACAAAGACCCGAAAAAGCCCUUUUAGGAACAUGAUGACGACCUCGAGUCGACCUCGCUCUCACGUUACUCGGAGACACUCAUCCAACACGUAGGAUGAAGCGGACGUCCUCCGUUUGAUGCUCAUUGGGAAGAAAACAAAAUAAAACUAACAUACAGUAGACCAAAUAGACAAUAAGAAGCACAGGAGCGACGCCGGCGGUCGCUCUUCUGCCGGAGAAAGGCGCCACGUGGACGCAGAAUGUAAAAAAAGAGGCGAGAUGCACCAGACGGGGAAGACGAGGUCACCUUUAACCGUCGUUAACUCUUUCCAGAAUCCACUCCAUGCCCACAUCGGACUCGACGCUUCUCCAAAAAGUCCCUUCAGUGACUAUCUUCCGUUUUGUGUGUUUUCAAAAGAGACGGUUUAACGUCUCGGCUGCUUUAAGAGCCGACGUGUUUGUCCAGUGUUGUUCGUCUCUAUCCUCGCGUUGUGCGUCGAGGUUCAGCAAAGGCGUGACGCCACGGUUCACUUUGAACGAACUCGUCGUUGCACGGCGAUCCCUGAUAACACGAGUUUAUGACAUUUUAAUCUGUUCCCGUGUUAUUCCGGUUUCCAAAGGUUAGCGGCUGGAUAUCUGCGAGGGCUUCAUGUCCGGUGUGUCUUCAGCCUGUGGUACGUGUGAAAGUAAAACAAAAAAGAUUAAGAUGAGCUAUGCUUUAAAUUCAGAAAAACUACCCGUGACACGCCCGAUGGACCGGAGCUCUCCUAGCUGCUACGCUAUGAUCGUCUUUGGGUUCCCGCUUUUGAAUUUGUUUUUCUGCGAUGGUGUCUUUUUUUGUCAUGUAAAUCAUCUUAAGACAUGGAUGGACGUAGAAACUGUAUUUUCGUGUGUGUGAGACAAAAAAAGAAGAAAAACGCGUUAAAGUGGAGAUGUCAAAGUUUAUCAAUAUUUAAAGGUCACACAUGCAAUGAUGAAUAUUAUAAAAGGGCAGAUAUACAGUAUUUUAAUAACUGCAGCAUCAGCUCAUAACAGUUUUAACCAUCGGGUGAAACCCUGAUUAUGUAAUCAUUAAUUUAUAUUUUACGAUGCCUUUCUGUGUGUUACCGUGUUUUGCCUUAAAAAAAGUGUUAAUA